CAAUCCAUAGAAUCGAUGGUCGACCCGUCCUUCAUUGACCAAGACCAGUUUUGGAGAGUACACUCAGUACACGUGUACAUAUUAAGAGGUUUGGAAUUUUUAAUAAUUAUGUAUGAGUCCGGAACUCUGGUCUGGGUAAAGAUGCGGGGGUACCCGCUCUGGCCUGGUAGAAUUCAACCUGAUAGGGUUAAUAACUUAUACAAACAAGUUGAGCGUGGAGUUAAAUAUCACGUGGAGUUUUUAAACUACCGUGGAGAACAUGCCUGGGUUCCCUCCUCCGCCCUCUCCGCCCUAGACUUGACGAAUGUUGGCGAAGACAGGCCAGGGAAAUAUCGAACCAAAGCAAAGAAAUAUUAUGAAUAUCAUAACGGAGCUGUUCAACUUGCAACCAGGAUACUACAGCAACAGGAGAAAGAAGGGAUGAGACAGAAUAAUUCAGAACAGAUACAGGAGAAAGAAUCUCUGCAGGCUCUAGAAGAGGAGGAAGCAGAUCAGUCUCAGCAUCAAGACCAAAAAGAAGAACGAAGAGGGAUAAAACGUAAUUCGGAAAAACAAACUUGUAUGAAAGAGAUGGAGCAAGAAAAGGAAAGUGGGGGAAAGAGAAGAAAAGAUAAUUUAGGUUAUGAAACUCAAAUCUGUCUGAAGGAAGAUGAAAUAAAGCAGUGCUUUGAUGAUCCAAAAGAAAGAAAAGACGAAUCAAAUGCAAUGGAGGUAGAAGUAGAAGUCUGCCUUGAAUCAAAAUCAAGAAGUGGCGCAAGAAUGAAGACUGGAGUAACAGGUCAAAAAGACGUAGGAGUAGAAAUGCGAGCAUCUGAAAGAAAGGGUGCAGGAGCAACAUUAAAACGGGAUUUAAGCACAGUAAGAAAGAAGAAAGGAAGAGCUGUAGGAAAGAGAUUGAAUUCAGCUGGAAAAGGAGAAGAAGAGUUAGAACAGACUAGAUAUAAAGAGACGGACGCUGCUGAAGUCAAGAAUAAAAGUACAGGUGAUUAUACUAAUAAAGAAUACUUAGAAACCAACAGUAGCAUCCAAGAACGUAAAGUGACUGAUGAGGAAACGAAUACUAUCCUUGAUGUUCAAUUCUCCAGGAGCAUAAGAUUAACAAGAUCAAAAUCGCAGGUUCCACAGUUUGAAUUUGAGAAAAUACUUGCCACGACUCUAAUUAGAAAGAAGAAGACACAUAAAGAGAAAGAACAAUGUGUUAGCAAGGCUAACGCAGAGAUUGAAAAGAAUAGGAACGGAAUUGACAUGGAAGUAAAUAUUGAGUUUGAGAAGCUUAGUACAAGUGAUUUAAUUUAUGUGACUGAAGAAGAGUCAUCUAAGGAAAAGAACAUUGCAGUGGAAGAUGAGGAGGAGAGAUUUAGUAAAAUAGAAUCAAGAAACCUGAGUCAGUCUGAGAACCAGAAAGCUAGAAAGUCCGGAAAAGCCAAGAAAAGGGUAAAGAGAAACUUGGAAAGUUUGAUUCAGAAAAAUGAAGCAAGGGAAGCAGGUAAAAUCAGAAUGAAUAAAAGCAUAGAAGGAGUAAACGAACUGUUGUCAAACAAUGACGAAAAAGAGAUUGGUGAAAUAAACAAGGAGAGCGGAAAUCAAUGUAUAUUAGGAAAUGAAGAGAAUAAGGAGAUCACUAAAGAUCUUCAAGUUCUGCAGAUGCCACAGGAUGUUGUUGGAAACCGAGACAGGGAAUUGGAAAACCUGAAGAACAAUGGUGUGUCUAGAUUAAGGAAACUAAAAGUGAAAUACACAAAAAGAAGGAGAAUAUCAGUACAGCAAGUAAAUUCUGCAUAUAAGUCUGUAUGGCUUAGAAAAUAUAAAACCCAGAAAAAUGUACAGAAAGAAAUUGAAUUCAGGAAGUCACUGAAAGUGAAAAAUAGCAAUAUUAAGAAGAAACAGGGUCCGAUAGUUACCCAUAAGAACCAAGAAAUGGGCGCAGAAGAAGAAAAUUCUGAUCUUGGCAAACAAGGAAGACUUGAAAUGAUCGAGACAGGAAAAGAACCAAUUUCUAAAGAGGAAUCUUAUUCCAAGGGAACUGAUCUUGGUGAACCCAUGAACGAUCUCAAUCCUUUGCUGGACAUUAGUUUGACUGGAAAUAUUCCUGUUCUUGAGGCUCUGCCUCAUCCCUCAUUUCUUCCUUCACUUGAUGAUAUAGGAUCCAUAUUUGAUGCAAAGGGCUCAGAAGACCUUAUAAAUGAACCUAUUAUUGCAUCUCAGGAUUCUAUGAGUGAUCAUCUUUUGAGCUUAUCCGAUAUUUCGCGUGAAGACUUUCAAACUGAAAAUGUUAAAGAAAAUUUACCCAAAAUUAAGAGAUUUCGUUUGAAUGAAGCAUUAAAGACUACAGAAGAAAUUAGUAAUGAAGUAUCAGAUAAUACAGAAGAGCUGUCUAAUGAAGCAUCUUCCAAUAAAGAGGAAGUUAUUGCUGAAAUAUCUGACAAUACAAAAGAAGUAUUUAACGUUGAUGCUUCCAGUUCAAUAUCCGGAUAUGAGAUGACCAGUUUUGGCUCUGGAGCUGAAUCCAAGUUAGGAUAUAAACCCAAGGGAGAAAAUGUUCCGAAGAUAGAUGCCAAGAAGCUACCCCUCAAUAUCCUCUCCUAUUCGUCCUCUGAUUCGUCCAUUGUCCAGAAUGUUAAGAGGAAAAGACUAUUGAGAAGGAAGAGAUCAAAUAAAUCCAAAGAAACGAUGAAAAAAGUUGAAUCAAAAUCUUCCUCUUCUAAACCAGAUCUGAAAUUGAAUUUUAGUAAGAGCAUGUUUAAGAAAACCUUGGUCAAAGACGUGAGCAAACCUAAAAAAGAUGAGACAAAAUCAAACCUCAGAGGAAAGUUUUAUUCAAGUAGAUCAGAGAAGAUGUGUGCGUUAUCAUUAGCCAAGCAAUCCAGGUAUAAACAUCCGGGGAACAAGUCUAACUCCAAUCUUGUAAAAAACAAUAUAAUUAAAUCUGGAGAAAUCAACAAAUUGGCAAAUGAGGAUAUUUUGGGACAGAAGAAAACUAAGAUGAUGUCCUGUUUUAAAAUUCCGAAGAUAAGGAAAGGAGAGACACAAAAUCACAGAAGCUCUGAAUGGGGUCAUGUAAAAGAAGCGAGCACUGCAGGUAACACUGUAGGGAACACUUUAGAAGCUUCAAAUAAUCCUUCUGGAACCACUGGCCUUGAAGACCACGCUACCACUGGUUUCAAUGACCAAAGGUGGAAUUGGGUAAACAACUUUGAUCAGGGUUUGCCCGAAAAUACAGAAAGAGACUCAAAUUUAAGUCACAUCAGGCAAUCUUUUCAUCAAUCAACCUUUCCCCAAUCUGUUCACGAUCAUCUGAAUUUUCAAGAUCACCGAACCCAGUCUCAGGUUCCAGCUCCAUAUUUUCAAACUAGUCAGUUAGAUCAGUCUUCCAACUUUCUCCAAUAUCAUCAUCAACGUUUGCAAGAUCAUCGCACUCAGUUCCCCGAAGGUUUAAAUAAUCUAGAUUAUCUCCAGAUUGAUCUAAAUACAUCUGUGCACUCUAUCGAAGAGCCUGGCAGCAUCGAGAGAUUUAGUGGUGGGUUCAAACAUGACGAGAGUUAUCAAGAUUACAAUAGCGCACAUGAACAAUUUCGAGAAAAAGCAUACAACGAAAAAGAAUUUGCUCGACAACUAUCAGAAAACCCAGUAAGGAUAGAAAAAUCUAAUUCGAGAUACGAAAAGCAUUUAACAGAAAGUAAUAGAAAAUCAAGGCGGUCAUAUGAAAACAGAAAGAGGAGUGAAUCACCAGAAGAAAGACGCUCAUCAAGGCUAUCACCAGAAGACCGAAAAAGAUCUUCUCGAUCAUAUAUAGACAAAAAGAGAUCAAGAGACAGGCAAAUAUCAAGUAGACGACCAGUAGAUGAGAAGAGAUCAAGCACAUCGUUGGUAGACAAAGAGAGAUCAAGCCGCUCAUUGAGGAAUAAAAGAUCAAGCCGAUCACCAAGGAAUAGAAGAAGAUCAAGCCAAUCAUCAAAGAAAAGGAGAUCAAGUAGAUCAUCAGAAGAUAUAAAGAGAUCAGGCCGAUCAUUAAGGAAUAGAAGGAGAUCAAGUCCAUCACCAGUAGAUUAUAAGAGAUCAAGCUCAUCUUUUCUGAGCAAAAGAAGACCGAAUGAACCUUUAGUCGACCUUUAUCAAUCGUUGGUAUGUAAAAAGAGAUCUAAAAGUUCAUACCCUGCUGUCCCCAUUAAUAAAGACGAAGAAGGAAGCUGCAAACUUAAGAAAAGAUCUUUAUCCCAGAACCAGCUCAGUUCUAACUUGCUGGUUCAUAUUCCAGAGGGCAAAAGAGAAUUUCUGAAGAGCUGGCUUAAUUCGUCGGGAAAUAUGGUGCAAAGUACUGAAAUGAACCCCAACCCUGAUACUGAAGAUGAUGAUGGUUGUUGUGGUGGUGAUGCUGAUGAAUUUAAGAGGAAUCUGCUUGUCCAUGGGGGCAAGGGAAGCGCAGCAGAAGUCCAUGAAUGGAAAAGCUAUGAGGAGUCAGGGACUAGCAAGCUAAUGACUAGAGUUCCUCGGGAGAGGAGAUGGUCCAGACACGUUAAUGAUCCAAACGGAGGCUGGUCUGAUUUUAGUCCGCAGGUUCAGGAUCAGAGAAGGAGAAGGUCUUAUACUAGACAAACAAGAUUUGAUGAUCCUGGAGGGUCAACCGUUCCCACCUCAGGAUUAGAAUCAGACUGGUCAAGAGGAAAAGAUGCUUGGAUUGCUGAUCUGCCCCCCUACACUCUUACACCUGCUGUAGUAGAUCAGUUGAAGGAAAAGCCUAUGGAUAGCCACUGCCAUCUAGAUUUUAUAUUCCAAAGGUUGCCUAGAGAGCUCAAGAUUAAUACCUGGGAUGGAUUCAAAACAAUCCCUGGCAUGGAUUCUUAUGAUAAGUUUGGUGGCCUUAUCACUAACUUCUGUGAUCCACGGGAUUGGAACCUCCAGGAGUUUAUCCAACCAAAGCUGAUGAGUUAUCUUCAAUGUGAAGAAGGAAUCUAUUAUACAAUAGGUUGUCAUCCUCACUGGGGUAAUUUUAUGGAGGACACAGGAAUUAAAGCCAUAGAGAACAUUGUUAAAAUGGACAGGGUUGGUAAGUGUGUUGCGAUAGGAGAGUGUGGCUUAGACCUAGGUCCCAAAAAUAGCGUUCCAAUGGUAAUCCAAAGAGAAGUGUUUAAACAGCAACUGCAACUGGCAAUUAGGCUGAACAUACCUCUUGUCUUACAUAUCAGGAAUGCUGAGAAAGAGGCUAUGGAGGUUCUGAAUGAGGUUGGAGUUCCAGUAGGCUAUUACAUUCAUAGGCACUGUUUCAUGGGAAACACGAACGACUCUAACGCAUGGAUGGAACGCUUCCCUAACUCCGUUUUUGGAUUUACAAAUAUAAUUACGUUCCCCAGCAUGCAUCAUCUUCAUGAGGUUGUUAGGAAUCUUCCACUUCAAAUGAUAGUCUUGGAAACAGAUGCCCCUUACUUCAUACCUAAGGGAGGAAGAGGAGAGAGUAAAGAUUACAAGAAUGCAGACUACCCUAAACCAGUUCUAAGCUCUCGGAACCAGGAUCUCUCUCAUCCUCUCCAGGUUCUCAAUGUAGCAGCUCAGGUUGCUGCUCUCAAAGGAUUAUCUAUUGACGAGGUUCUUACAGCGAAUACAAGGAAUAUCCGUAGCAUUUACAAAAUAAAGAACUAGAGGAAUCGGAAGAAAUCCACGAGAAAUUCGGCAGAUCUUUUCGCAAUAUUAGUUCUGCAUACCGAAACAAUGUUUUGAAGACCUUCCUUUAGAUUUGAACAGCCCUAGUGUACACUUCACUCAAGAGCAUAAACACACAUGGGUCGCAGACAGAAUAAUUGUAGCAAAUUAAAUCUUUGUGGAAAAUUAUAUGUAUUGUCAAGAAUUAAUGCAUAAGAUACAUUGUUAUUUGCAUUGUUUUCUUUUGUUUAUUGUUAAUUAAUCGUAUGUCAUCAUUAAUCAUUGUUCAGAUUAUCUUUUUUCAGA